UUGAGGCGACAUGUUUCAGCAGUACCGCAAAUUAUUUUACGUCGAGAUAGCCUCACAAAUUUUUGAUAGAGAGUCAAACGCCAAAACCAAAGAGGCACAGCAGCCCAAUCGACGUGUCGAUAUUGUUGCUGGCAGUUCAAUUUAAAUGUUCGGCAACAGAAGCCACAGAGCAACUAACCCAAGAGAAUCCUUCACCGUUGCGUGACCCUUUCGAAAGUUAAUUUACAGCAUUCCCAGAAAAAAAAGAAUGAGGAUAACGUAUUGCAUGUUGUUGUUGUCACUUUUAAGCAGCGCCAGUUCAGCGCUGCGUUGCUACACAUGCGAGGAUUGCGACGAGCAGUCCCAGCUAAAGGAACUGGAGGUGUGCAGUGUGCCAUCCACGACGCAACAGCCGGUUGCAACUGGAGUGCCAGCAUCGCCUGCCACAAAUCCUGCAAGUACCGCUGUCAAUUCACCAGCUCCAGCGGCAGUCAGUGCUCCUGCUCCUGCUCCAGCUCCAGCCGCAGCUCCUGGUCCUGCUCCAGCUCCAGCCGCAGCUCCUGGUCCUGCUCCAGCUCCAGCCGCUGCUCCAGCUCCAGCUGCAGUCGCUGGCAACGGUGAGGAUGAGGAGGAUUAUGACAGCGAUGAAGAUGAGUCAGCGGGCAAUAAUGUGAUUACAGGAGCGGCAGCUGGCGCAGCAGCUGGAACAGGAACGGCUGCGGCAGCCGGUGCCGCUCCAGCACAAGCUCCAGCACCAGCUCCAGCUGCCGCCGCUGCCAGUGACAGCGAAGCCGACGAAGAAGAUGAAGAUGAGGACUAUGAUGAUCGGCGAAGACGCAGGAACAGUCGACAAGCUGUGGCCACAUCCAGAGCUGUUUGCUAUAUAGCGAGUCUUAAGUUAAACGGCACGGAAAUAACGAAUCGUGGUUGUACCAUCGUGAUGGAUAACAAUCAGACUGAUGCCUGCAAGUCGCUAUUCGAUGGCUGGGAUGUGGUCGGAUGUCAGCUGUGCGAAGCGAGUGGGUGCAAUGCGCCCAUUCAUGCCACAGUUAUUGGCCAUUUCACUAGUGGCAGCUGCAGGAUGCUCCGGACGACCUGGAACUGGACUAAUUUAGGUGUGACCAUACUAGCUAUAGCUGGAUAUGUUGUUGCUUUUGCCUGAAUAAGUUCAUUUGAUUCGGGUCUGAUAACGAAUAUAAUGUGUAUAUAUAUACUAUAAUGACAAAAAUAUACAAGUACGUUGAAUUGUACGAUUUAUGAACCUUUA